AUUUCAUAUUAUUUCAUGUCGUCAAUAAGUGAAAACCGAAAGCGGAAAAGUGAAAAAGUUACCGAAAAGCAAAAAGAGUGUUAAAGUAAAGCUUCAAAAUUAAAAAAAUAGAAAAAAAUUAAAUGAAAAUAAAAAGGCAUUAAUUGGUGGAGUGCAAACAAAAAAAAAGCGGGCCGAAAUGUUCUAAAUCAGCCAGCCAGUCAGCAUUAUCAUUAGCAGAUCAGAGUCAGCCAGUGUGUUCUCUACUUAAGAAAGAAAGAAAAAAAAAGGAAAUAAACCAACACGACCAGCAAGCAAGCAAGCUAGCUGCUAAUACACAAAAGAGAUCUUCUCCCCAUUUCCACAAUUGUCUUGAAGUUUAUCUGAAACCAAAAAAAAAAAAAAAUCAAAUAAAUAAAUAAAACAGAAGCAGCAAAACAACAACGUCAAAAAGAAAUUCAAAACAACAAAAGUCGUGUGAUUAUCAUUCGCAUUUCACAACCACCAAAAUAAUUUAGCAAAAUUAAUUUCCGUCGCAUAAAAAUCUUUUCAAAACUGGAUUAUAAUAAAUCCGACGAUAUUGGAUCUCUACAGGAAAACAACUCGGGCAUAACCAACAAAAUGGUUAAACGCACUGACGGUUCCGAAUCGCCCACAUUGGCUGAAUCCGAUGCAGAUGGUCACGAUAAGCCACGCGUUAAAUAUGGCGAAUUAGUUAUAUUGGGUUACAAUGGUUAUCUGCCACAGGGCGAUCGUGGCCGAAGACGUUCCAAGUUUGUCCUGUACAAACGCAGCGAACCCAGUGGUGUCAAACGCUCCAAACACUACAUUGUCCAGUCGCCACAAACAUCAAAAGCCAUACUCGAUGCCAAUCAACAUUCAAUAUCGUACACAUUAUCUCGCAAUCAAGCUGUCAUAGUCGAAUACAAAGAGGAUACGGAAACGGAUAUGUUUCAGGUUGGUCGCUCCUCGGAAUCACCCAUAGAUUUUGUCGUAAUGGACACACUGCCCGGUGACAAGAAGGACGCCAAAGUAAUGCAGAGUACAAUAUCACGUUUUGCAUGCCGCAUUCUGGUCAAUCGAAGUGAACCCUCCAAGGCGAGAAUAUUUGCAGCCGGCUUCGAUUCGAGUAGGAAUAUUUUCUUGGGUGAAAAAGCUACCAAAUGGCAGGACAACAUUGAAAUUGAUGGCCUUACAACAAAUGGUGUUUUAAUAAUGCAUCCACGAGGUCAGUUUUGUGGCGGCAAUGCCAAGUGUGGCAUUUGGCGUGAAUGUUCGGUGGGUGGUGAUGUCUUUAGUCUGCGUGAAUCUCGCUCGGCCCAACAGAAAGGACAGCCGAUUUAUGAUGAAUCAAAUGUCUUACAAGAUGGCACUCUAAUUGAUUUGUGUGGUGCCACACUACUGUGGCGUUCUGCCGAAGGAUUACAGCAUUCACCGACAAAACGUGAUUUGGAAAAAUUAAUUGACGAAGUCAAUGCUGGUCGUCCUCAAUGUCCUGUUGGCCUUAAUACCUUAGUUAUACCCCGUAAAGUGAAUAUUGGUGAUCAAAUUAAUCAGCCUUAUGUGUACUUAAAUUGUGGUCAUGUUCAAGGCCAUCACGAUUGGGGUCAGGAUAAAAGUACCGGUGCCCGACGCUGUCCAAUGUGUUUAGAAGUAGGACCUGUGGUGACAUUGUGUAUGGGUUUGGAACCGGCAUUCUAUGUAGAUAUUGGCCCGCCAACAUUUGCAUUUAAUCCAUGUGGUCACAUGGCGACUGAGAAAACGGUUAAAUAUUGGGUCAAUGUGGAUAUACCACAUGGUACAAAUGCUUUUCAACCUGUUUGUCCAUUCUGUGCGACGCCAUUAGACGCCAAUUCGGGUUAUAUUAAAUUAAUUUUUCAAGAUAAUUUAGAUUAAAGUGUGUAUUAUAUAAAUAUAUUAUUAUUAUUAUUAUAAAUAUUAAAGAUAAAAACAAAACAAAACAAAACAAAGAAACAUUUAAAGCAAAUUUGCAAAUAAAACAAAAAAAGAGAAAAGAAAACAUGAAGAUGAAAAUAAGAAACAAAUAAUCCAUAGGCUUUAUUUUUCUAAAAACAUAAAAAUUAUACAAUAAGAAAAACAAAAUAUAGAGAAAAUAAACAUGAAAUAUUAAUAAUGAAUUAUUAUUAAUAAUAUUUACAAAUUAUUUUUUAAAUAUCAAACAAACAAACAAGCAACAAAAAUUGUUCUAUUUAUACAUAAAACAUAUAACAGUAUCAAACAUGCAUUACAUACAUCUACACAUCAUCCCACAUCCAAAUGAACUGCAUAUACAACUCACAUGGUUAUUCUGUAUUGAAAAUUUGAAUAAAAAAUAUAUUUUGUUUUGUCUUACAAUUUAUAAAACAUUAUCAAGUAUUAUUUACUUACCCACACUUAUGCUCCACCCCUUCAUCCAUAUUGUUCAUUGCAUCCAUUCACCAUCAUUAUUAUUAUAUUAGAAAUUUUUUGUGUUAAUUUUAAGCUAUUCAAAUAUUGUUUUCAUUUGAUUUCUUUUUUAAUUUUUUUUUCUUUCUUUCUAUGUCAAAUGAUAUGCAUUUUCAUUUGCUGAAAUAUUUUGUAAAUUUAAUAUACAAAACGAAUGUGUUAAAUGAUCAUAGAGUUUCCCAAAAAACAACAGAAAUUUAUACACAUUUCUCUUUAUAUGUACAAUUAUUGAUUUCUUAUCUUGAAGAAGAUUGUAUAACAUUUAUAUGAAAUUAAAAUGUAAUUUUUAAGAAUUUAAAAAAAUGUA